AUGAUACCUGAAUUACAUGUUUGGACAGCUGCGGUUGAACGCAGUGCCUGUACAUUAGCUGUAGCACCCUUCCAGUGCCUAGCUGCCAUGCUACCCGAAGGAAGCACGAGGGCUGGGAUAAUGCCAGGUUGCCCAAGCCUAGACAGGGGAGGUCGGAUUCGAACCACUGAUCUUCCGGUCAGCAAAUUCGCGCUCCACUUGCUUGGGCCACCUCGCCCCUUGAACAACAUUGGAAGCUGCUUCUUAAUGCUUCACUGCGGGAGACCCCAAUUGUCCUCCUGUCCAGAUGUGAGCGACCUGACAGUAUCCCAGCUCCCUAUGAAUCGCACAUAUACAAACAAGCUCAGGCCCCAUCAGCCUUCGCGUAGUGCCGUCAGCAGAGUCGCCUUACUUGCUGCAUACAGCAGGGUAGGCAAGCGAAAGCAGUUCAGUUCGAAAACCUCGCUUCUUUCUCUUUCACACACUUUUACAAGCAAUAUUUGCGCAUCAUCUGGCGCUGACAGCCUAAGGCACUUCGAAAUCAAUGUCCAGACCUCGGCAUCCUGUCCAUCUGAAUGCUUUCAAUCCUCGCACUCUGAAACAAGCGGGACAACAAGCUGCUCUUGCUCCCACACUGAAUUCGCUUGGAAUCGAUUGAGUUAUGUAUCAGAGUCAAUAAUUCAAGAUGUAAUCACAGCUGCUGCCGCAGGAUGUGGAGAGUUCGGUAUCAUCCUAAGUCACCAGAUAGAAGGAUACGUGCUUGACUAUAUACGCGUUGAUAGUCGCCUGUAUGCAGUUCGUCUGGCAACGUCCUUGAAAGUCUCACAAGUGGGAUAUUGA